CAAAAAGAAAUGGAAAAAAUUGGGACUAUUUCACCCUUUUUUCCAAAUCAAAAAUUUGGAAACAUAUAAAUCCUUCUCUCGAUUCUCAAAUAUUCAGAAUUCUAGGGUUUCUGUACAAAAUUUCUCAAUUCCCGAUCAAAGAAAGAGAAAGAGUGACAGAGAGAUCAAUGGCUUCCCUUGACUCCGACGUUCCUAUGAUCCCCGCCGGCGAAGCCUCCAGCAGCACCGUUCCUUCAAAGAAAUCGAAACGCUUUGAAAUUAAGAAGUGGAGCGCCGUCUCUCUUUGGGCUUGGGAUAUCGUUGUUGACAACUGCGCUAUCUGUAGGAAUCACAUCAUGGAUCUCUGUAUUGAAUGUCAAGCUAAUCAGGCUAGUGCGACCAGCGAAGAAUGUACUGUUGCUUGGGGGGUCUGCAACCAUGCCUUUCACUUCCACUGUAUCAGCAGAUGGCUCAAGACCCGUCAAGUGUGUCCACUGGAUAAUAGCGAGUGGGAGUUCCAGAAAUAUGGUCAUUAAACCUACAGCUCGCGUUAUUGGGUUUCUUUGGUUACCGCAUAUAAUUCUAAGACUUGCAGUUUUCUCUUGAAUUCUUUUGAAUCGGUUGUUAUGCCUUUGACGCAGAUUAAACAAAUGUGUGCUUAAUGAAACCUUUGUUGUUAUAAGAACAUCACUAACCCAAAAUAAGUCUCAAUUAUUUUUGUUUA